AUGACGACAGCAAUGAUAACAACAACAGCAAUGACAACAAUAACAACAGCAAUGACAACAACAACAACACCAAUGACAACAGUAACAACGGCAAUGACAACAACAACAACAGCAAUGACAACAAUAACAACAGCAAUGAAGACAAUAACAACGGCAGUAAUAACUAACACCAAAUGGAGACAACAGAUGAGCGACACGAGAAUGGGAGAGAACAGGACAGAUGAGAAAAUGGAACAAGCUUUAGCCACAGGAGUCUUUAAAACAACAUCAUGGAAACGUAUUGAAUCAUGGGCACAGGGAAAGGAAAAGGAGAGGGGACGAGGAGCACAAGACUCACAGCACAAAAUCCGAUUAGACUUUGAGAAACGACGACAACCAUCGAGACCAAAACUAACCCAGCCACUACUAUCAUACCACCUUACAAUAACUUUAAUAUACUGA